CCUAUUCGGUCUAUGGUCGGGGUCGCAAGGACUCAGUGACAGCAGAGACCAUUUCUGCUGAUACUGUCCGUUUUAAUGCACCUCAGAUGCUCUCUAUGGACAAGUUGCGGCUCUUGAGCUCGUCUCGCGUUGGAGCAGUCCUUGGCGUAUUUUUUACUCCCAAUUCUCCUCCGGUUAUUGGAUUUGGCGCUAGUCCUGUUAGUACUACUUUCAAUGGGCAAGAUGCUGUCAAUCGCGGGGCCCCCAAGUGGUCUGAUUGCUUUGAUCCCACUUUGAUCCAGCAAUACUGGCAGGGAGAUAUGAGUGUCCCUACUCAUAGUCUGGUGGUUUCCCUCAGUGGGCGAACACGGUUGAAAAUGCCAGCGUCGCAGCAGGAUUUUGUUCAAGCGACAAAGCCUGCAAUGCUGGUUGGGGACUUUUCCAAGGUCCUUCUGAUUCCUGAUGGAUGUGGUGCCCCGUCUUCUAUUUUUGAAGAAUGGUUUAGGGCAUUGAAUUCAAGUGCCGGGUCCUAUCAAUUGCAAACAACUUCUGCGAUGGAUCUGUGGGCGACUCUGCCUUGUCCUUCCAACCUUCGCGGGAAUGGUCUAUUGAACGUUGCUGCUGCCCAACCCCUACGAGAGCAAUUUGCUCGCUAUGUAAUGGGGAUGGCUCUGGAUUGUGCUCUCUUUGGCCCCUGUGAUGUGGACAUUCGACAGGCUAUCAGGCAACGCUGUCAAGUUGGUGCAUGGUUGGAACGUGCUUGGCAAUGCUACUCGCCAGCACUGGGGUAUCAUGGUCCGCCGGAUCAUUUUGCGUACCUAUCUGUUCUUUGUCCUCCAGAGGAUGGGUGGCCAUGGCCGGAAUUUUCUACUUGGCUUUCUGAUUUGCCUUUCAACGCGCUACCUGAUAGGUAUCAGCGAUUUGAACCGAAAGAGAUCCCUGUGAAAGCUCGAGCAGUCUUUGUUCCAGCCAUUCUUGUGGAAAAAGAGGACCCUGAUAGCGAUUUGGAUGCUUACGCAAAUGUGUUUGCCACGACUGCAACUACAGUUACGGCUACACCUAACAUUGCUACAGUCCCGGCUCCAGCUCCGAAUGUUGCUACUCCAAGUCCACAGAAAGAAGCUCCACUUCCACUGGUGCGGCAAUCGGCCUCCCCACCUUCCGUUCCACAAGACGUCCUUGAUGCCAUGCAAAAAGUGAGGGCUUUCCAAGAACAAAUUGUUCAUGGUACAUCUGCGGGCACACCUGCUAAUCCAGUUGACUUGGUCGCUGGU